AUCUGAUACGGAGGGAGUAUGAUAUACUCCGUAAAUAAAUGCUCACUUCCCUAACAAAUCAUCACCUGAUAAUUAUUUCACAGAAGAAGAGGUUUAUAGUUGUGGUGACGGCGCUUAUCGCCCACUCCACUUCAAUCCCGAAUUAUACCCAGGUACAACUCACUUGCCUCUCAUAAAUUCCGCAUAUCAUUUGAUUGCCCAUAUCGAUAUCUGUCCUUACUCCUAUACAAGUAUGUAUAUGGUGAUAUGUCACAAAGAUGUCAAAUUUUAUUUCAAAAUCUGGAUAAACAGAUUGGGGUUUGAUUUCUCUUUUCUACAGACUACUAAUCUCUAAGGAGUAUUUAUUUUGUUUGAGGUGAAGGUUUCAAGUACUUUCAAUGGGUUCAUGAUCUGCAGCAGCUGGAUAUAUUGUAUAUGAUGUUGUACAGCUCUUUAUGUGCUUGGAUCAACCAGUUUCUUGCUUGCAUGGGAGCAGUGGUUGCUUUGGUUGCUGUGGAAAAUCUCGACCAAUAACAGCAGUGGAUGAGCCAUCAAAAGGACUUCGAAUUCAAGGGAGAUUGGUGAAAAGGCGUAAUAGCAUAUCUGAAGAUUUCUGGAGCAGCAGCACAAUUGAGAUGGAAAACAGCACUGCUCAAUCUCAAAGAAGUUUGUCAUCUAUCAGUAUUUCAAACCCGCUUAAUCCGACCAAUGACCAGAGUUGUGGCUCAGGAAACACUAGCCACCAUCCCGAAUUUGUAAAUCAUGGAUAUCUUCUUUGGAACCAAACCAGGCUUCAGUGGCUUCGAAGUAAAGAACCGGACACCAAAAGAAAAGUUCUGGAGCCAGUACUAAAUUGGAAUGCUACCUAUGAAAGCUUACUUGGCACUAACAAGUGUUUUCCUCGUCCAAUUCCUCUCGCAGAAAUGGUUGAUUUUCUUGUGGAUGUAUGGGAGCAAGAAGGAUUAUAUGAUUAGCCACGCUGACGCUGGCCUUGAGUUCUGGAAAAGAUUUGUGUAUAGUUAAGUUUCCAUAAGGGAGAAGCUGAUCAGAGAGGAGGAAGAAAGGUGAUAAUAUUAAGCAGUGGGUUUUUACUUCCCACAAAAGUUUUUUUUUUUUUUAGUUUGUCAAUUGCCAUAACAAAUGCUUGUGAUUAUCCAAUUGUAAAUGCAACAUAGACUUGGGACCCCAAAAACUAAGCUAUGUGACUCACAUAAUGUGUGUUUCUCCAUGAAUGAAUUGUCAAAAGGGGAAAGAGCAAAUUUAUUGAAGCUGCCAAAAAUCUACAAACUGACAUUUCAAGAUAUGCGAUGCAAAUAUGAAACAUCUAUGUUCCUAAUCC